CAACAGGAAACGUGUCUGGAAAAUCCUGUGAAAGUGCCUCUCCUCCUUCACAGCAGGGUAGAAGAGAGACUCUCCAGAAAGGAGCGCAGUCAGUUAGCCGUGGACUGUCAGUGCCGCUGGACUCUCUCUCUCUGACUAUGAGCCGCUCCAGCUCCCGCCUCGGAUACAAAGCAGCUUUUGUGUUUUGGUCACUCGUGCCCUUCAUCGCUGCAAGCGAAGAUGUGAAAGAGGGCGUCUCGAAGGUCCAAGAAGCUGACAAACUUCCUCAUGAAAGUCAACUCCGCCUGAGGGAGGUGGUAUUUGUCAUCCAGAGCCAGCGGAACUCCUUCCAUGUGCAGCGGGCAGAGAGAUUGCGGGCAGACCUGCUCCUGCAGACUGAAGUGCUCCGAGAGAGUCCUCCCCCCAUCCUGCUCCUUCACACCCUGUCAGACAGUGAGGGGGACUGGAGCAUUCUGCCCUCGCUGCCUUAUUUUUCCUCUCACUUUGGGAAGAACUCCUCUUGGAUUAUGUUUCUCGAGGAGGAGACCAACGUGAAACUGGAGAAACUUCUGAGUGUCCUCAAGAAGUUCGUCCGGAGAAAAGAGUGGUUUCUUGGCAAACCACUACACGAUGAUGAAUCUACCAUCAUCCACCAUUAUGCCUUUGCGGAGAACCCCUCUGCCUUCAAGUACCCAGACUUCUCUGCAGGAUGGGCUCUUAGCAUUCCCCUCAUCAACAGGCUUGCAAAUAAGGUGCUGCAGGAGCCUUUAAAGUCAGACUUCACCAUAGACCUCAAACACGAGGUGGCGCUGUAUAUCUGGGAUGAAGGUAAAGGGCCCAGGCUGACGGCAGUUCCGGAGCUGUGUACGCUGCCAGAGAAUUCCCCCAGAGCCCAUCACUGCGCCACCACCGUUAGGACGCACUCACCACUGUGUGGUGAGCCAGUUAAAAGAGAGGACAUAUUUGUGGCCGUGAAAACGUGUAAGAAGUUCCACUUGGAAAGAGUUCCUGUGGUGAAAAAGACGUGGGAGAAACAGGCUUCCCGACUGGAGUAUUACAGCGACCAUGCUGAUCCCUCAAUACCGACCAUCAACCUCGGCGUGCCCAACACAGACAGAGGCCACUGUGGGAAAACCUUUGCCAUCCUCAGCAGAUAUGUGAGCAGUGCUGUACCAAAGACUGACUGGUUACUUAUUGUAGAUGAUGACACACUUAUAAGUCUGCCCAGACUACAAGCUCUGCUCAGCUGUUAUGACCCCAGGGAGCCGGUGUGUUUGGGGGAGCGCUAUGGUUACGGCCUUGGUCAGGGAGGAUACAGCUACAUCACAGGAGGAGGAGGGAUGGUCUUCAGCAGGGAGGCGGUACUCAGGCUCUUGGCCAGUGGCUGUAAGUGCUACAGUAAUGACGCUCCUGAUGACAUGGUGGUGGGGAUGUGUCUCAAUGCCCUGCAGAUCCCGGUCACACACAGCCCCCUAUUCCACCAGGCACGGCCAGAAGAUUAUGCCAGAGACUUUCUUGCCCACCAGACUCCUAUUUCUUUCCACAAACACUGGAAUAUUGACCCUGUAGCAGUGUUCAACAAGUGGCUAAACGACAGUGACUCCCGCGCAGAAGGACUGAGCACACGCCUUAAGGAGGAGUUAUAGUAAAGGAAGCUCUGUGUGUGUGUGUGUGUGUGUGUGUGUGUGUGUGUGUAUGUGUGUAUGUAUAUGGGGGGCAUAUGUGCACUCAUUCUAUGCUGAAACAUGGAAAUGUAGAGUAUAUUGCAAAACAUAGGGAUCACCCUUUAUUUCAUUUUUAAUCAAAGUGGUCAUUAAGUACAAGUUCUUGAUUUUUCAGCAUCAGGUAAAAAGAAAAAAACAUAAACAUAUACAUAACAGAAAAUUACACAGAAGCCUCAAGAACUAAAUAUAGUCAUAUUUUCAGUAUUAAUAUGUCUAUAUUUUGCCUUUAAUAUUAUUGUUUCUCUUCGAAGUUUGAAUUUUCAGUUUAUCGCAGUCCAAGUAAUCCCAGACACAGUCAGUGAGGUCGGACUCGGGUGGCCGCUCCAUUUUUUUCUAUUUCUUUUUCUCAGUGAGAGCUUCUUUAACAGCCACACAUUCUUUCAGACUC